AGGAGAUGGACAAAAAAUAGCAAGCAAAUGCACACUUAAGUCAACCCGCAUUGUAAUAAAUGGCCCGAAGGAAAUGUUCAGGUGCUGGGAAGAGAAAAACAGGGACCUGGCAAGGGUCCUAAGAAGAGGACUCAUUAUAGAGCUCUCUGAUGAAUGAUGUGGAGGCGUGAAGAGUAGAAAUGAGGAAGCGGCACUGUGGCCUCCAUGUUUACACACACCCUAAAUUCAUGCGUGGAAGCCCAAAUCCCCAAUGUGAUGGUAUUUGUAGGUGGGGCCAUUGGGAGGUGAUUAGGUCAUGAGGACGGAGCCUUCAUGAAUAGGAUUAGAGCCUUUAUAAAAAGAGAUGCAGAGAGAUUCUCUCUCUCUGUCCACCAUGUGAGGAUAUAGCCAGAAGAUGCAAACCAGGAAGAGGGUCCUCACUGGCAACUCACCUUGAUCUUGAACUUCCCAACCUCCAGAAUGGGCAAACUCAGAAAAUGAAUCUCUUCCAGGCAGUAACAAGUGCCUUAGAUAACUCAUUGGCCAAAGAUCCUACUGCAGUAAUAUUUGGUGAAGAUGUUGCCUUUGGUGGAGUCUUUAGAUGUACCGUUGGCUUGCGAGACAAGUAUGGUAAAGAUAGAGUUUUUAAUACCCCAUUGUGUGAACAAGGAAUUGUUGGAUUUGGAAUUGGAAUUGCAGUCACUGGUGCUACCGCCAUUGCAGAAAUUCAGUUUGCAGAUUAUAUUUUCCCUGCUUUUGAUCAGAUUGUUAAUGAAGCCGCCAAGUAUCGCUAUCGCUCUGGGGAUCUUUUUAAUUGUGGAAGCCUCACCAUCCGGUCCCCUUGGGGCUGUGUCGGCCAUGGGGCUCUCUAUCAUUCCCAGAGUCCUGAAGCUUUUUUUGCCCACUGCCCAGGAAUCAAGGUGGUUAUACCCAGAAGCCCUUUCCAGGCCAAGGGACUUCUUUUGUCAUGCAUAGAGGAUAAAAAUCCUUGUAUAUUUUUUGAACCUAAAAUACUUUACAGGGCAGCAGUGGAACAGGUUCCCAUAGAACCAUACAACAUCCCCCUGUCCCAGGCCGAAGUCAUCCAAGAAGGGAGUGAUGUCACUCUAGUUGCCUGGGGCACUCAGGUUCAUGUGAUCCGAGAGGUGGCUUCCAUGGCUCAAGAGAAGCUUGGAGUGUCUUGUGAGGUCAUUGAUCUGAGGACUAUAAUACCUUGGGAUGUGGAUACAGUUUGCAAGUCUGUGAUCAAAACAGGGCGACUGCUAGUUAGUCACGAGGCUCCCUUGACGGGCGGCUUUGCCUCUGAGAUCAGCUCGACGGUUCAGGAAGAAUGUUUCCUGAACCUGGAGGCUCCUAUAUCAAGGGUAUGUGGAUACGACACGCCGUUCCCUCACAUUUUUGAGCCGUUCUACAUCCCAGACAAAUGGAAGUGCUAUGAUGCCCUUCGGAAAAUGAUCAACUAUUGACCACAG